AUGAAUUUCUGUCUAAAAUUUCGAUUUUGUUUUCACUAUUUUGAUUCUGGAAGGUCAACUUCAAAACCAAAAAUUGAUAUAUUGACAUUGUCUGCGGUUCCGAGAAGUUUUAACACUGAUCAAUUCCAUGCCAAAACAUCCAACCCAAAUCUACAUUGCUGCAUUGUUCUGCAAAUAAGACAAAUAUCUAGUCUGCAUAAUCGUUCGUCCCAACGUGAACUAGCUCGAUCUGCCAACCGCAAAAAUCCAAAACGUAAGGCACAAGUUCGAGGUUAUCCACGGGUUAAGAACUUGAGAAAAUUGGGUUACUCAUCAUGUAAGGAUGAAGGAUGUAAAUGCAACGGUUGGAAAAAUCCUUACAAUCAAUUAGCAACAGCUCAACCUGAUGCAUCUUCAUCACAACAGGUUCAAAGCACAGUGACGUUAGAAAGCAAAUGCAGGAGUUGUACACAUGCUCUGCAGAAUCAUGUUUCCCAUUUGGAAAUGAGUGGAGAAGAUGAAAUCAACAGAUUAUUAGGAAUGGUUGUUGAUGUUGAAAAUCUUUUUCAAUGUGUUCAGAAGGAAGAAGAUGGUGAUUCCAAACAAGUUUAUUUCUAUUUAUUCAGAUUGUUAAGAAAAUGCAUCAUUCAGUCAAGUAAACCAGUGAUAGAGGGACCUCUUGGUUCACCACCAUUCAACCAACCCAGUAUAUUCAAAGGAAUCACAAAUUUUAUAAUUUAUAAAUUUGGACAUUUACCUCAAAAAGAAUUUCAAAUAAUGCACGACUUGGCUAGAACAUUCUUGGCAUGUCUCAAUCAAGAAACAUUGGAAACUCCAUCUGCAAGAAAGUCUCGGACACCAGAUGAUGACGAGAAAGAUUAUAAAAUGAAUUACACCAGAUGGCUUUGUUAUUGUCGUGUGCCUCGAUUUUGUGACAGUUUUGCUUGUCAUGAAACAACAGAAGUGUUCGGCAGAAUUCUGCUACGUUCAGUGUUCCCCACAAUUCGAAGAAAUGUUUUGGAAAGUUUUCGAUCUGAUAAACAUCACAUGCUUGCUGACAAGAGGACGCUUGUAUUGUCAUAUUUUCCAAAAUUUCUUUCCAUGUUAGAAGAAGAACUUUAUGCAACUGAUUCUCCUAUAUGGGAUGUUGAUUUUUCACAGAUGCCUGCACACAUGCCACUACCCUCACCUAGAUCUAAUGAUUCAAGUGAUCCAUUCAUUACAAGUCCAGGAACACCAGGUAGUUUGUUUGCAUUGACAUCACCUGCAGGUGGUGUAUUGGAUCCCAGGUUCUUAACAGCUCAGCGUUCAUCUUUCUUGUCUGAAGAAAUGUCAAGAGGAGAAAAAAGAAAAUCAUCAGACUUGGUUCAACAGUUCACACCUCCAACAGCAGAUGAAGACGGAGCCAAACGACAACGAUCAGCUUUGACAGAAUUUCCAUUAGAAGUUAUCAAUGAAGUGGUAUCAACUGUUACAGAUCCAGAACAAAUGCUUGGACCAGAGCCAAACCUACUGUCACCUCAAGCAGCCAGAGAUGAGGCAGCCCGACAAGAAGAACGGAGAGGAAUCAUUGAAUUUCACGUCAUUGCUAAUAACUUGGACACCAGUAAUCCAUCUUCAAGACAAACUUUAAUUUGGUUGGUCGAACUACAAAAUGUAUUUUCACACCAACUUCCUAGAAUGCCGAGAGAAUACAUCACCAGACUCGUCUUCGAUCCGAAACAUAGAACACUCGCUUUAGUGAAAGAAGGCAGAGUGAUUGGUGGGGUUUGUUUUAGAAUGUUUCCGACACAAAAGUUUACAGAAAUCGUGUUUUGUGCUGUCACAUCUAAUGAACAAGUAAAAGGCUAUGGAACUCACCUUAUGAAUCAUUUGAAAGAAUAUCAUAUAAAACAGGGUGUUUAUCACUUUCUAACAUAUGCUGAUGAGUACGCAAUCGGAUAUUUCAAGAAGCAAGGUUUUUCUAAAGAAAUUGAAAUUGAAAGAGCUGCUUAUGUUGGUUAUAUAAAGGAAUAUGAAGGAGCAACGCUCAUGGGUUGUAAAUUGAAUCCAAGGAUUCCAUACACUGAGUUUAGCAACAUCAUUAGAAAACAGAAAGAGAUUGUUCGAAAACUUAUUGAAAGGAAGCAACAACAGUUUUCUAAAGUUUAUCCUGGGUUGACUUGUUUCAAAGAUGGUGUUCGGCAGAUUCCAAUUGAAAAUAUACCGGGAAUUCGUGAAACUGGAUGGAAACCAGCUAAAGAAAAUGGAAAGAAAGAAAUGAAGGAAUCGGCGGAAAGUUUGUACAGUGUUUUGAAAGCAAUUAUACAAAGCAUGAGGAGUCACAGCAGUUCAUGGCCUUUUCUUGAACCAGUGAAGAAAUCUGAUGUACCAACGUAUUAUGAUGUCAUCAAGUCACCUAUGGAUUUGCGAACUGUAAACGAGCGUUUGAAGUCAAAAUACUACACAAACAGAAAACUAUUUAUCGCCGAUAUGCAGAAAAUUUUCAAUAAUUGCAGAGAAUACAAUAAUCCGGAUACUGAGUAUUACAGAUGUGCCAACACCAUGGAAAAAUAUUUUUUUAAUAAGUGCAAAGAGCAUCAAUUAGUGGAGAGAUGACUGCAAUAUUAUUGUGAUUGACUCCCAAAUACUGUGCAAAGUUUCGUUUCCAAUAGAUCCUCGGCUGCAUCACACAAAAUCUAAUAUGGGCGUUGACUUAAUCAUCAGAAAUACAUUUUUCUAGAAAAUUUGAAUUAAUUUCAACAAAAACUUGGAAUUGUGUCAAAUUUUGCUUGAAAUCUGGCCGUGUGACGCAAAAAAAGAAGAAAGAAAAACCUUGCGCUUGUGAAAUGUGUGAAUGAUCAUAUGAUCGGAAGUACGUUCCUUGAAUUUUUUUGUAUAAUUUCUUAAUGUAAUAAGAUGGAAAUUAAAAGCAUUAAAUGCACAAAUAGAA